AUGAUAACCUUGAACUUUCCCUAUAAAGAUACACGCAGAACACCCUCAGCAUGCUCCCUGGACACAGCUGUUCCUACGGCAACAAAUGACCACCUUCAAAAGACGCUCGGACUGCAAUUACAGUUGUUUUUACAGAAGAACGUGCUGUACUAUGCUGAUGAUGGGGCCCUGGAGAGCUCGGUGGCCCUGGUGGCCGUGGGGAAUCUGGUGCCGUUGUUGAGCCUGUCGCCAUUGUUGAGCUCGGUGGCCCUGGUGGCCGUAGGGAACCUGGUGCCGUUGUUGAGCCUGUCGCCAUUGUUGAGCUCGGUGGCCCUGGUGGCCGUAGGGAACCUGGUGCCGUUGUUGAGCCUGUCGCCAUUGUUGAGCUCGGUGGCCCUGGUGGCCGUGGGGAAUCUGGUGCCGUUGUUGAGCCUGUUGCCAUUGUUGAGCUCGGUGGCCCUGUGGGCCAAAGAUGCAGGUAAAUCCGUUGGCAUAGUGACCACCACCAGGGUGCAGCACGCCACUCCUGCCACAGCCUACGCCCACAGCGCCAGCAGGAAGUGGUACAGUGACGCUGAUAUGUCCGCCUCAGCCAAAGAGGACGGGUGCACGGACAUCUCUGCUCAGCUCAUCAACAACACAGACAUCGAUGUGAUUAUUGGAGGUGGAAGGAAAUACAUGACCCCAAGAGGCACUAAAGACCCAGAAUACCCCUGGGAUAUUCUGUCCAGAGGCAAACGUCAAGAUGGACGCAACCUCAUCGACGAGUGGAAGGAGAAAAAGCUUGGAAAGGUCGCGCAUUAUGUGUGGAAUAGAACACAUUUUGAUGCAGUUAACCCUGAAACCACAGACUACCUCAUGGCUCUGUUUGAACCCGGAGAUCUGCGCUUCGAGGCGGACCGAGAUCCCAAAAUGGACCCUUCAAUUGUAGAGACCACAGAGAAGGCCAUCCGCAUCCUGCAGAAGAACAAAAAUGGCUUCUUCCUGCUGGUGGAGGGUGGAAGGAUCGACCAGGCUCACCACGAUGGCCGAGGGUACAUGGCACUGCACGAAACAGUUGCGUUUGACUACGCCAUUGCCAAAGCUCUGGAGCUGACUAAAGAGGAGGAGACUCUCACUGUGGUAACAGCUGACCACUCCCAGCCCAUCGUCUUCACCGGAUACCCCUUCAGAGGGCAAAGCAUUCUCGGUAAAUCUCCUCUCUGGGCGAUGGACUUUAAGCCUUUCACUACACUGAUGUACGGGAGCGGACCAGGACACAAGCGUGUCAACGGCUCAAGGCCUAACCUGGACGGCGUGGAUACUAAAACCAAAACCUACGUGCAGUACUCGGCCGUGCCAUUACAGUCGUCCGCUCACAGCGGGGAGGAUGUGGCGGUCCUGGCUCGGGGUCCCAUGUCUCACCUCUUCCAGGGCGUCCAGGAGCAGAGCUACAUCGCUCACGCCAUGGCCUACGCCUCCUGUGUGGGGGAGGACAAGAGCCACUGUGAGGGCUCGCUCAAUCCCACUACCAAUGAUGAGUUUAACCACGGCAGGAACACAGGGGGCGUUCUCUUCUACUGUCUGCUCUCUGUACUCUUAGUGCUCUUAAUAUAA